CCGCCAAAAAAAAAAAAAUUAGAAAAAAUCCGAUCGUGGCAGAGCCGGGGAGUCCGGGGCUCAUCCAUCCCGCCUGUCCGGGACACGGCCCGGGGACUUUCGGGGUCUGUUCGGCGGCUGCUGCUGGCGGUCAGGGACCCCUCCUCUGUCGGCUUGUGUCUGGGGAAAGAUGGCGGCCGGGGCCCACAGCUGAGGAGUGGCCGGAGAAGGUGCCCUUUAUGAACAUGACUUAAUAACAACAUGCUACAGCAUUGAUUAAAUGCUUCGGAGAAAAAAGAUUUGAGAAACGUUGGGACUUCAAAGAGGUGGUUACAGGCGGCUGUACCACCACAACUACACAAGACUUUGUAAUUGUUUUUUUACAGCACGAUGGCGAGUAAACGGAAAUCAACAACUCCUUGCAUGGUGCUUGCAAGUGAGCAUGACCCAGAUGAAGAAAUGAAUUCCGAUGCCGAGGAAGGUCCGCCGUUGGUAGCAAGCGUGGAAAAACCCGCUCCGGAAAGCGCUGUGCCUGAGGGGGUGACAAAGGAUGGAGAGGCACUUGAACCUAAUGAUUCAGACAAUCAGCCAAGCAAAAUAGUUGAAGGUGGUUAUGAAUGUAAAUAUUGUUCAUUUCGAACUCCGGACUUAAAUAUGUUUACCUUUCAUGUAGAUUCUGAGCAUCCCAACGUUGUACUAAAUUCUUCCUAUUUUUGUGUGGAGUGUAAUUUUCUCACUAAACGGUAUGAUUCGCUUUCAGAGCACAACACGAAGCACCAUCCCGGGGAGGAGAACUUUAAGUUAACCAUGGUUAAGCGCAACAACCAGACGAUUUUCGAACAGACUGUUAACGAUCUGACUUUUGACGGCAGUUUUGUCCAAGAGAAGAACCAGGAACAGCCAGAGUCUAACUCUUCUGCGAUUUCAAUCAGUAAAACUCCAAUAAUGAAAAUAAUGAAGGAAAAAUCUGAGAAGAAAAGAUUCAGUGUACCACAGAAUGCAGGAGAAGAUCGAGUAGAGGAGAAAGAAAAUAUAGAAAGUGAGCCAAAGGUGAAACCAACCGAAGAGCCCAAGACUGCUCCAGUUUUAACAGAACCUGUAAAAAGAAAUGCUACAAUAAUUACCAGAGCCCAGGAGUUGCCAAAACCGGUUGUAACGUCUGCUACUGUACUUCAGCCUGGGCUGGCACAGGUUAUCACAGCUGUCCAGGCGCAGCAAAAUAUUCUUUCAAAAGUCUUAAUACCCGUCAACAGCAUUCCAACAUACAAUGCAGCAUUAGACAACAAUUCUCUUUUGCUUAGUAACUACAACAAGUUUCCAUACCCAACCGUUGCAGAGAUAUCACUUCUUGCUGCUCAAACGAAAUGCACAGAGGAGCAAAUUAAAAUCUGGUUUUCAGCCCAGCGACUAAAACAUGGUGUUAGUUGGACACCAGAAGAAGUAGAAGAUGCACGAAGGAAGCAGUUUAAUGGCACGGUGCAUACUGUCCCUCAGACUAUAACCGUGAUUCCUGCACAGAUUUCAUCAGCCACUAAUGGCCUGCCUUCCAUUCUGCAGGCGUGCCAAAUAGUUGGACAGCCUGGCCUUGUUCUCACCCAAGUUACAGGAACAAACGCACUACCGGUAUCUACUCCAAUAGCACUGACUGUGGCUGGUGUCCCGAAUAAUGCGCAGUUCCAUGCAAGCCAAAUUCCGCAGGCCCAUCCGGUGACUGAAACAAAAAGAAUUGCCGCUAUCCCAAGUCCACAUCUCCCAAAGCAGGAGCCCACCUUGAUAGCCGAUAUUUUUGGUCUACGCACAAAGAAGUCAAAAGAACAGUUAUCGGCUCUAAAAAUGAGCUAUCUGAGGAACCAGUAUCCUCACAAUAGUGAAAUUGAACGACUUAUUAGAUUAACAAGCUUAACUAAAGGAGAGAUUAAAAAGUGGUUUAGUGACACUCGGUAUAACCAAAGAAAUGCCAAAGGCAGUCAUGGUAUGCAUCUUAGCGGUGACCCUAGUGGUGCCAUCAUUAUUGAUUCUAGUGAUGAAAUAUGCGAAUCCCCAACCUCUGGAGUAAUAACUUCUCAACCAAGGCAGGCAAGUUGGAACCCAUUUCCAGAUUUUACUCCCCAGAAAUUCAAAGAAAAGACUGUGGAACAAUUGCAGACUCUGGAGGAAAGCUUCCUUAGCAACUCCGUGCCGACGGACGAGGAGCUGAGUAAGUUAAGAGUUGUCACUAAACUUACAAAGCGAGAAAUUGAUGCCUGGUUUGCAGAAAAAAGAAAAUCGAUGGGAAUAAAAGAGGAGCCAGGUGCUUUAAAUGAGAGUCUAGACCAAGAAAUAAAAGAAGAAAUGGAUGAGGCUUUGGUCGCAGCAAAAAUGGCGAAAAAGACCCCAGAGCAGUUGGCAAUACUUAAAAAUACCUUUAUUCGUACACAAUGGCCAACUCGAGUAGAAUAUGACCAGCUCGCGCAGGAAACUGGACUGGCUAGAAGUGACAUUAUUGGGUGGUUUGGAGAUACCAGGUAUGCUGCUAAACAUAAUAAUCUGAGGUGGGUCUAUGAGUAUCAAAUAUCCAAAAGGACCAGUUCGGGAGUUAUGAACGGGCGGAGUAAUACACGUAGAAGGGGGAGAGGCAGACCCAGGGGUAGAGGACGAGGCAGGCCUAGAGGUCGGCCAAAGAGAAAGAGGACAAACAGUUGGGAGAGGCCACCUCCACCAGUGAAGCAAAAGACUGGAAAAGCACUGCUGAAAGACUACUAUUUAAUGAAUAAAUUUCUCAUUGAGGAGGACUUGGAUGAAUUGGUUUCAAAAUCUCAGUUGGGUUAUGAGCAGGUGAGGGAGUGGUUUGCCGUGCGGAUGCAAAGAGAAGAUGCAGGUUUGGAUCCCUUUGAAGACGAUGAGGAAGAUGAUGAAAACCUGUUUGAUGAUUUGGACGACGACGAAGAAGAAAUUGAAUCUGAUGACAGUGACAAUUGGGAGCCCCCAAAACACGUCAAGCGCAGGCUUUCAAAAUUGGAGGAGAAUUGCCGAGCUGUAGAAUAGAAAAGAAGAAAAGACGUGGACAUCCAGUUUUGCUGUGAAAGUCCUGGGAGUCCUCUCUUCUGAACGCUCCGGAGUACAAUAACAGAAGACGCACGAUGGUCUCUGCAGGGAAGGAGCAGCAAAAUCGCAUGCUGUGCCAAAGUAGCCACACUGCAGACAGGACUAUGCUGUAAAUACAACUUAAGCGAUGUGGGCAGCACACAACUUGUACAAUUCAGAUUUUAAUACAUUUUUACUGACGUAAUUAUCCCUUUUUUUUUUUCACUUUUUUUUGUAUCCAUAGACCUUAUUUUGUGUGAGGCAGGGAGGUCUAUAAUAACAAACAACGGUGACCACUAGUUCUAUUUUUUCCUUUUUUUUGUUUGUUUGUUUGAUAUGCCUAUCAUAACUGUUUUAGGAAUAUAAAUCUAGAUUUUGCUGCCCGUGUCAUUUUGACAUGUAAUAAGCUUUUUAGCUUGGAGCGACCAAACAUUUUUUGCCUGUUAAGAAAUGAGCUAUGCCACAUGGAACGGCAUCCAUUGACGUGCUCAGUAUUUAUGUGCAGCUUUACAUAAACCUGUUGCAUUUUAUAUUUUAAAUGUUAUACUGUACAUCCUUAUGACCCCCCCCCCCCACCACCACUUCUACCAGCCCCCCGCCCAUGGGCUCGUUCAUAGUAGAGCUACACUAGAUGCAUUUUUCUGCACUUUAGAGUUAAAAUCCAAAUUGUGUUUCUGAUCCCCAAUUAAAAUGAUUCUAAAUCAAGAAAAAGGUAAAAAAUGUCAGGUUACAUUAACCGAACAUGGCAGACAUAGCAAGGGUGCUCAACCUGUGGCCCUCCAGCUGUUGCGAAACUGCAAGUCCCAUGGUGCCUCAGCCUUUGGGAGUCAUGCUUGAAACUGUCAGCCUUGCAAUGCACCAUGGGACUUGUAGUUCCACAACAGCUGGAGGGCCACAUGUUGAGCACCGAUGCAUUUUUAGAAAGAGAAGAAUAAAAAAAAAUUCUCUAUAUAUUUGUAUUUUUAAAGUAAUGAUGUUCGUCGCCUAAAAAGAAAAAAAAUCUAAAAGGCAGUUCCAUGCAAUAGAAAAGCUCUUCUCCUUGUCUCCCUGGGGGCCGUCCUUCCACCUUUUUGGUGGCCUGUGUCCUCUUUCAGCCCAGCCCAAAAUUCGGGCUAAAAUCGGACCUGAAACGGUGAAUGAGGACACACUGGACUCCUACUGUGAGCCAAUGCGUGCUCAUAUGUGAAUCCAGCCUUAAUAUUCAACACUUUUUGGACUUUGUGGUGCCUGUGCUUCUUCCAACCUCUGCACUAUUACAGAUCAUGUUGAUCGUAUAGGUCAAAGGAUGGAACUCAACAGCACACGGCGGGGCACUGAUAUCCGAGAUUUUCAGAGGUAGCUCAUCCAUUGUCUAAACUGCUCGAACCCCCUCCCCAGCUCGUUAUCUAACACAUGUGCACGCUCCAUAGACAUAAAUAGGCCAUGUAAUCAGAUCCUCUGUCUACGGCUCUUUUCAAGUCCACUUUCACAUACAAAGUUGGUAACACUCAUCUGCUAAGCACCUCUGAGGCUAAUGCGGGCCAUAGAUGAUUUGAUUUUUUUUUUUUUUUAAUCAGCUGUCAGCUACUUCUGUGCCAGAAUACAUUAAUCAGUACUGCAGCUGCUGAUCGAAUGAAAGUUUAAAAAUAUUCCCGUUUCACAGAAGUCUGUGGUUGGAUCAACUUCUGUCGAGCGGGAACAGCCACUGAUGGAUGCAAAUCCAGCCAGUUCAGAAGGGACCACCCCAAUUUCGAUUCAUCUAUGGCCAGCUUAAAGGGGUUGUAAAGGUAAAAGUUUUUUUACCUUGAUGCAUCC